UACGCUUUUUAAAGAAUAUCCUUCUGCUGAUGAAAUGUCAUUCGUUUUAUAAUGAAUACAAUGGCAUUCAUACACAAGUGUCCAAAAACCGUUGUGCUCUGGAGCUCUGUUGAGACAGCGGCGAGAGCAGCGCUUCAGCACCGCGGACAGCGCUCCGCACUCAGCUCAUUGCUGCCAUGAGAACCAGAAGCACACACACCUGCGCUGAUGUCUCAGCAUGUCUUGUGACUGACUGACUGUGAAUGCAGCUGGACUACGAGAGAUUUUAUUGGUUGUCAGAUAUGACAGGUUCAGUUUGGAAACCUCCUUCGCACGAUUUGCGCAGACCAGGAAGACAGGAGAGCUCAGUUAUUUUGAUCUCUACGACACACCUUAUUUGACUAGGGAAGAAAUCGAAGACACGAACACGACGGCCUCUGUUUUGCUUCCGACAUGCGUCUAUGUCGAUACCUGGAUUCACCAUCGCUCAGUGUUUCUUAAAUAGAGCGUUUAUAGCGAUGCACAGGCGCGCAACCUGUUAGACUGAAGAUGAAGAUGAAGAAGCAGAACGUGCGCACGCUGUCGCUCAUCCUCUGCAUGUUCUCUUAUCUGCUGGUGGGCGCCGCGGUCUUCGACGCCCUGGAGUCCGAGACUGAGAGCGCGCGGAAGCGCAUGCUGGAGCAGAAGCGCAGCGAUAUGAAGAGAAAGUAUCGCUUCACCGAGCUCGACUACCGAGAGAUCGAGCGAGUGGUGCUGUUGGCGGAGCCACAUCGUGCUGGUAGACAGUGGAAAUUCGCCGGGUCUUUCUACUUUGCUAUAACUGUCAUCACCACGAUAGGUUACGGGCACGCGGCCCCUGGCACAGACGCAGGGAAGGUCUUCUGCAUGUUCUAUGCGGGUCUGGGCAUCCCACUCACGCUGGUGAUGUUCCAGAGUCUGGGUGAAAGGAUGAACACCUUCGUCCGUUACCUCCUCAGCCACAUCAAGAAGUGCCUAGGGCUGCAUCGCACUGAGAUCUCCAUGGAAAACAUGGUGUUGGUGGGGUUCCUGUCUUGCUUGGGAACUCUGUGUGUGGGGGCCGCUGCCUUCUCACACUUUGAGGGCUGGACCUUCUUUCACGCGUACUACUACUGUUUCAUCACCCUCACCACCAUCGGCUUUGGCGACUUCGUGGCUCUUCAGAAGAAGGAGGACCUCCAGGAGAAGACCCCUUACGUGGUCUUUAGCUUCAUGUACAUCCUCGUGGGUCUGACUGUGAUCGGAGCCUUCCUCAACUUGGUUGUAUUGAGGUUCCUCACUAUGAAUAGUGAGGACGAGAAGCGGGAUGCACAGGAGCGGGCCUCGCUGAAGAGGGGCCGUAACCUCACGGCCAUGAGUUUGGGGCAGGAAAAUCACUGCCACAGCAACCUGUUCUUGCCCAUAGAGGAGGGUACCAGCUGUACCAACCUCAUCCUGUCGCCGUCAGAGGAGCGUGGGCUCUACUCGCCUCUGCCCCUGCCCUUAAACGCCAGCCAGUCUCGGUCCCAGUUGAGCUUGUUUUGCUGCUGUGUCUGCUAUCACCUGGGCCUCUGCCACAGCUCGGCCCUGUCCCCAAACAAGUGCCCUGAAUGCAACAUCAACUCAGUGUACAACAACUCCGUUUCCUACAAGAUAGAAGGUGGCUCCUCAACCAGGAACGAUACGGUUGUGUCCUCUCCAGGCAGCACGCUCUCUCCAGGGCUCAGCCUCAGAUAUCUGCCACACUUCAGGAGGAAGUCAUUGUAAUGGGGAAGAACUUUGAAGCAUCUGGUUUAGAUAGCGAGAACGCUGUGAGAACAUAUAUUUUGUAGCACGAGUUAGCACUAAAGAUAAGUGAGGAUGUUGAGGACAUGCUAUUAUAAUCAGGGUUGGGGAGUAGCAGAGCACAUUUAAAACACAAAAUAUGAGUAACUGUGUUUCAUUAUAGUUACAUAUUCAAUGGGUGGUAGUCAAAUUAUAGUUAAAUUUAAAAUUAAAAAAUGUAAUUUAUGCAUUUAGCAGACGCUUUUAUCCAAAGCGACUUACAGUGCAUUCAGGCUAUCAAUUUUUACCUAUCAUGUGUUCCCGGGGAAUCAAACCCCCAACCUUGCGACAUCCCCAACCUUUAGUUACAUCUAAAAAGUAUUUUAGGAGACUAAAGUGAUUACUUUUAAUGUCAUUUUUGUCAAUAGUGGACACAGCAAUUGGUGAUUCUCCAAAUCUGACGGUCUUCAAAAGCAUCCUAAGAUACAUGCAAAAUAUGCAACAUUGUAUUCAUUUGAACAAAAUUAGAGGGAUCAUAAAAAUUGCAUGUUAUUUUUACUUAGUACUAUCCCAAAUAAGCGAUUUCACACAACAAAUGUUUAGAUACUGUAUUCCACAAGACAAAAUAACUGAAUUUCUAGAAACUGUAGGACUAUUGCCAUGUUUUGUGAUUGCUGUUUAUGAGUCCUGUUUGUCCUGAUCAGUUCUUCUGCCCACUGUUCUUGAGAAAAAUCCACCAGCUCUUCACUUUCUCAGGUUUUCCAGCAUCUUCUGCUGUCCAACAAUGACUGUACUUUUCACACUGAGGGCAGUUGAGGGACUCGUACACAACUAUUACAAAACGUGAAAACAUUUGCUGAUGCUCAAGUCAAGUCAAGUCACCAUUAUUUAUAUAGCUCUAUUAAUAAUACAGAUCGUGUCAGCGCAAUUGAACAGCAUUAAAUAGGAAAAUAAUGUGUCAAUAAAGCAAAAAGAAAGUUCAUCAUUGAAUUCAGU